GGAUAUUGCUAUCUGGACUUAACACUGUGGAUACUGAAUGCUAGAGAUCGCAUCCUGACAUCUCAGCUCUAUCUCCUGAUCGGUGGCGUGCUUGGCCAACCAUGCAAGCGCGUUACUCAGUGUCCAGCCCCAACUCCCUGGGUGUAGUGCCAUAUCUUGGAGCGGAGCAAGGCUAUUACAGAGCAGCAGCUGCUGCAGCGGCAGCUGGUGGGGGCUACACUGGCAUGCCUGCCCCUAUGAGUAUGUACUCCCACCCGGCCCAUGAACAGUAUCAGGCCGGCAUGGCCAGAGCCUACGGGCCUUACACUCCCCAGCCUCAGCCUAAGGACAUGGUGAAGCCUCCCUACAGUUACAUUGCCCUGAUCACCAUGGCCAUCCAGAACGCCCCUGACAAGAAGAUCACUCUAAAUGGCAUCUACCAGUUCAUCAUGGAAAGGUUUCCAUUUUACAGAGACAACAAGCAGGGUUGGCAGAACAGCAUCAGACACAACCUGUCUCUCAACGAAUGCUUUGUCAAGGUUCCUAGGGACGACAAAAAGCCAGGAAAAGGCAGUUACUGGACUUUGGACCCUGACUCUUACAACAUGUUUGAGAAUGGCAGUUUCCUGAGGCGGAGGAGAAGGUUCAAGAAAAAGGAUGUGAGCAAAGAUGGGGCCAAAGACGAGAAGGACCGGCUCCUGAAGGAACCUUCUGGCCAGUCCCAGCGACAGUCUCAGCAAGCUCAAGGGGAGCAAGACAGCAGCAGCCAGCCAAUCAGGAUCCAGGAUAUAAAGACCGAAAAUGGUACCUCUUCUCCUCCCCAGGCCAUGUCGCCUGCCCUCAGUACGGUGCCCAAGAUCGAGAGCCCUGAUAGCAGCAGUAUGUCCAGUGGAAGCCCGCACAGCAUCCCGUCCAGCAGGUCCAUGAGUCUGGAAGCUGUAGAGUCCCACCACCCUCACCAGCAGCAUCACAGCCAGGGCUUCAGCGUGGACAACAUCAUGACCUCCCUCAGAGGAUCUCCGCAAGGUUCUGGGGAACUGGCCACUAGCCUGAUCGCCCCUUCCAGGACAGGAAUCGCUCCAUCUCUCUCUUUAAGCUAUUCUCCAGGCCAGGGCUCCAUCUACAGCUCGCCAUGCAGCCAGAGCACCAAUGCUGCCAGCUCUGCAGGGACCUAUCACUGUAACAUGCAAGCCAUGAGUCUUUAUUCUGGGGACAGGUCUGGUCACUUGACCCCCACCAAUACCCCGGCAGCUACUACAGUGGAAGAAACAUUACCCGAUUAUUCCAUCACCACCACGACCACCUCUGCUCUCAGUCAUGGCAGCCUGAGCUCUGGACAGGACCAUCCACACCAAAGCAGGCUCCCAUCAUGGUACUUGAAUCAGUCGGGGGAUCUGGGCCACCUAACUGGGGCCACCUACCCAGGACAGCAGCAGAACUUCCACUCUGUGCGAGAGAUGUUCGAGUCGCAGAGAAUUGGCUUGAACAACUCCCCUGUGAACGGUAAUAGCAGCUGUCAGAUGUCCUUUCCUUCCAGUCAGUCUCUGUACCGCACAUCAGGGGCCUUUGUGUAUGACUGCAGCAAGUUCUGACCCCAACCUAUCACAACUGCCACAUAAAACUUAUAUCUAUUGCUCAUUAGAC